GGGUUAUCGAUUAUGAUAGAAAGAUAAUCCCAAAAUACUGCUUAGGGCUUAGAAUAAGUUAUCAACUUUCAAGACUUCCGGUUCGUUGGGAUUUCUUGCGACGUGUAAAACCUCGAAGGAAAGUCAGAAGAAAAAAGUUGACGAAGUAGGAAACUGUUAGUUCCCUCUACAUCUGAGAAAAAUGGGAGUCAGUACUGGAGGCGGGAGUGGAUCAAAAAAUCCAGUAAAGAUAUUUGCAAAUAUCUUUAUUUCAUUUAUUGGAGCCGGAGUUCUUGGUCUACCUUUCGCAUUCAAAGAGGCAGGGAUAAUUGAAGGAACGGUCAUAAUGGCAGCUGUAGGACUUGUAAGUGUCAAAGCAAUGUUGCUUGUUAUUGAUUGCAAAUAUAAACUGAUAGAAAAGCAACAUCCAGCCCAAGCAGAUGUCAAAUCAGGGAGGAAGAACGUGAUGGUGAAUGGUGUUGACAUUGAGAUGGAGGCACUUCAGGCACCCGUGGAAGAGACAGAAGAUUUACUGUCCUCUGAAGUCCCUGCAGCAAAGGAAGAGGUGUCCAUUCCUAAGGCACCGGGCCAGGAGUUGAACUAUGGUGAUGUGGGAUUUUAUGCAAUGGGAAAACUUGGCCAGUGGCUUGUGGAUCUGGCCAUUCUCAUAUCUCAAGUUGGUUUUUGCUGUGCGUAUCUCAUAUUUAUAUCUAAAAACUUGUCAGAUUAUAUGCACAGCAUGAAAAUGCAUCAUUGGAUGUUUAUCCUAUUGCCGCCCCUGUACUUACUUACCUUAAUCAGGCACCUUAGUAGUCUGGCAUUGUCUAGCUUGUUUGCUCAAAUCUCCAACCUGAUGGCCUUCACUGUGGUUUUCUGGUUUGACUUUGAACACUUUCAUAAUGUAGAAGGAAUACACCCGAAGAAAAUAUCUAUAAAAGGUUUCCCCUUUUUUCUGGCUAUUGCUAUUUACUGUUACGAGGGUGCUGGAAUGAUUUUAUCUCUGGAAACAUCUGUCGAUAAACAAGUCAGGCAUAACUUUAAGUGCUACUUCAAGUUGACUAUGGUGCUAGUGACUGCUCUUUACAUCACUUUUGGUGGAGCAGGUUACCUGUCAUUUGGUCCAGAAACAAGUGACAUAAUAACAAUGAAUUUACCUAAAGGACAAUCCUUGGACUUUGCCAUAGUGGUCAAAUCCUGCUUGUGUUUGGCCCUGUUUUUCACAUAUCCAGUCAUGAUGUUCCCUGUGAUGAACAUACUGGAAAAGAGAUUUUUACCAAAGGCAAAGGAGAAGUUAUGGCAGGGAAAUUUAUUAAGGUUAUUUGUUGUCACAUUGACUGGCCUGAUAGUCCUUGCUAUACCCAAUUUUGCCAACCUCAUGGCUCUGGUGGGGGCAUCUUGCUGUACACUUUUGGCUUUUAUAUUACCAGGAUUGUUUCAUUUACAGAUUUUUAAGGGGUCUAUUACCAGAUGGCAAAAAUUUGUUGACAUAUUUUUAAUAGUGCUUGGAAUAGUAGGGACAAUUGUUGGCACCUGGGAUGCCCUAAAACGUCUUCAUGCUACCCACACUGGUAGACACUAUACUACUUCUCAACACGGUCCACCAAAUGCCACACAAGAACUCAACAGAGUUAUACAUAUGGUUACCACUCUAGCUGAAAAUAUAUUGACCACAAAAACAACACUACCAACUCCUAAAGUGACUCCUCCUUGAUAGAUAGCUGCUGCCAUCUAUCUAUUGGGCUAUUACACAGCACCAUCUGAAGAAGUGUAAUGUGGUGCCAUCUAUUGAAUUAAAGAGGAAGUAUUUUAUGAUGGAGAAUUAAUCCCACCAAUAAAUUAGGUAUUUAUUAAGCAUGAUAAACCUACAGUAUUUUGAUGAAUUAAUUUCGCCUGAAUUUGAAAUUGUCAUUCAGUUAUUACGUAUAUUUGCAAAUAAGAAAAACAUCAUGAAAAAUACCUCUUCCUUCUCCAUCGAAGUUUUUCAUUGUGGUGUUAAUAUCAUUAUAAGGCACUAAGUACUUCUGCCAUUUUAGCACUAUAGCUGACAGCUCAUUGCUAUCAAGUGCAGUAUAGCAUGGCUUAUUUAUUUAUGAGAUAGGGAGUUGCAAAGGAUUAAAUAGAUUUGAAGCCAAAAGAAGUUGAGGUGUUUUUGUUAGAAGUGAAGUAAAAUACUGUGAUAUCCUAGACAUCUUCAUGGCCAAGAAAUGUAUUAUUUAUUUAUUUAUUUAUUUAUUUAUUUAUUUUUGUCAGUACUUUACAUUGUAUAUUAUUUGUACAUAGUGUUUCUAAAUAUAUUAUCAUGGCAAUACGAAUCGUGGAAAGGUCACAAAAAAUAUUUAAAAUAUUUAUUUUAAUAUUAGUGAGAUACUUAUAUCUGUUUUAAAAUCACCUUAUAGAAAUUUAUUUAUUUUAAUAGUGUGGUUUGCUUAAAGUUGCCUUAAAUUUGUAAAUAUAAGUAAUGGUUAUUUGCAUACAUAUAUAUAUGAAUAUGACCGUAAAUCGCAGGUGAUAACAAAAUUAUAGUAUCAGUAUAGGUUUUUCUGUCAGAGCCCCCUGUAGAUUUAAAAAUAGGUUUUAAAUAUUAUUUAAAGAGGUGGAUGUAUUUUAAUGGGUAAAAGUGGACUUGGGUUAUUAAAUACUUAGGCUUUACAGGGAAAGUGGAAGAGAGAAUUUAUUCGCACAACUUGGGUCUUUGGGCCAUUUUGUUACUUAUUGAGGUUUUAUCCAUUUUGUUUUUAAUAUAUAUAAUAUAUAUGGCAUUGUAGAAGGGUAAAUAAAGGACUGUUAAAAAGAAGAAAGAAUGUCUACACAUCCAUAUUUGAGCAUGCAAAAUAAACGGUCUGAGACUGUUUAUAUAGUUUGACUUA